UCUCACAUCGAUGCAUUGUCCCUGACUGUUUACAAAAAUUAAAAAAUAAGAAAAUCUCAAAAAUGGACGUACAAGUGGAGCAUAUGCUGGCUUUAAAAGUUAUGAGACUAACACGACCAGGAUUAACGAAUUUUGGAAACACAAUCUUUAGUGAAAAAAGUGAUUUAUUACAAUUUGAUCCAAAAAACGAAAAUGUUUUACCACAAAAUCAAUUGUUGCAAUUACCACAAGCAUUUGGAAAUAUUUAUCUUGGCGAAACAUUUUCAAGUUAUAUCUGUGUUCAUAAUUGCACAACGCAUCCAGUAAACUCAGUUUCAGUGAAGUGUGAUUUGCAAUCUAACAAUUCCAGAGUGUCGAUUCCAAUUCAUGCCAACAAAACAAUUCCAACUUCACUGAACGACGGAGAGACACUUGAUGAUGUUAUUCAUUACGAAGUUAAAGAAAUUGGCACUCACAUUCUCGUUUGCGAAGUUAAUUAUAUAUCACCAGCGGGACUUCCUCUUAGCUUCAGGAAGUUCUUUAAAUUUCAAGUCCUUAAACCUUUGGAUGUUGCAACAAAAUUUUACAACUCUGAGACCGAUGAAGUGUUUUUGGAAGCAACAAUUCAAAAUAUAACAGCAGGCACGAUUUGUCUUGAACGUGUUGAGUUGGAAGCUUCUGAGCAAUACACAGUAACAUCGUUGAAUCAAACAGCAGAUGGAAAAUCCAUAUUUUCAUCUAUAGGACGUUUACAACCACAAAACUCGUGUCAAUUUCUUUAUUGUAUUAAACCGAUUCCAUCAAUUGCAAGUGAUUUAAAAGUGUUGAAGUUAGCAAACAACAUAGGAAAGGUCGACAUUGUUUGGCGAUCUUCAAACUUUGCUGAGCGUGGCAGACUUCAGACAAGUCAAUUGCAAAGAAGUCCUGUUGAAUAUGGAGAUUUAAGAUUAACUGUUAUUGAAGCCGAAAGCAUGUGUACAAUAGCAACUCCUUUUGUCUUCAAAUGCCGUGUCACUAACACAAGUAAUCGAUCAAUGGAAUUGAAUUUGAAUUUCAAUAUGAAAUCUAGACGUGGUCACGCUUACACUGGAUCGUCGGAACAAAGUUUAGGAAUGAUUGAACCAGAAAGAACAAAAGAAUUCACAUUGACAAUAUUUCCAACACGAUUAGGAAUUAUCAGCAUUAGCGACCUACAAUUGACUGAUGUUUACAUGAAGAGAUCGUACGAAUUCGAAGAUAUUUUACAAGUUUUCAUCGUAGACGAUUUAAACGAAACUUACGACAUGCAAAAGUUUGUGAAGUAUCACGACAUUCCAGCUACGUCAAUUUUGCAAACAACUUAAAGACGUUUGAACGUUUUUAUUGUUCAACGUUAAGAUCGUAAAACAAAGCUUGAAAAAAUGAUUUCCUGAAUAAAAAAAAUGCAAAAUUUAAAUUUUUCUGCAAA